AUGCUGGCAUUUACCUUCACCUGUCGCGUCCUCCUCCUUGCCCUUGUGACAGAUACUGUUCAGACAGUUGACAAGUCCCAGUUCCUAAUCACAGAGAACAUGUGGCCACGAGGAUGUGUACUGGACUGCACUAGGGGGCGCCACCGAUCUGUAUGUGGCAGCAAUGGGCGUCUGUACAAGUCCCUUUGUGCGUUCCAGAGAGCCCAGUGCAUCAACACUCAGCUGAAGACUGCACCACGAGCCCACUGCAUGGAUCCAUACAGGUCCAAAUGUCAGCUGGCACGCUCGCAGGCCAUGGAGUCCAGCAUUCAUACUGACGCCAUAGCUGUCUUUGUCCCAGAAUGCAAUGUAGAUGGAAGCUUCAUGCAGGUGCAGUGUCACAACCAAACAGGCUACUGCUGGUGCUCUACUCCAGAUGGAAAGCCUGUCAGUGGAACCUCCGUCUUGCUUCUCAAACCCAACUGCACUGGUCCUCUCAUUGAGUCUGUACAGGAAGUUGAUUCAGAAUCAGAGCAGAGAGAUGGUAAUCAGUGGCGGCUGACCCCUGAUCCUGAGAGGCUGCACACCCCAUCUAUAGCAGGCAUCACUGCCCCUCCAUUCUGGGUGACGAUUCAGCUAAAUUCUGACCCAAAAGGCAAUCGCUCUGCUAAACGACCCACAGAGCCAAAGACAUGUGAACGAGAGCGAAUGGCCCUGCUGGCAGAGGUGCGUUCCAUGUGGCAGGAGGAGCGUUUUAUUCCAGAGUGUUCCACCGACGGCCGCUACAGCCCCAUCCAGUGCCACACUGCCACGGGCUACUGCUGGUGCGUACGGGUGGACACCGGUCGGCCACUUCCUGGCACCUCCACCAGAAAUCGUUUGCCAGACUGCAGUCCUGAGGAGUCUCGAUCCAGCCACACAACCAACACCUAUAGGGACAGACCUCUGCCAGGCUGCCCAGGUUCUCGUAAGGCUGUGUUUCUCCAGAGUCUGAUUCGAGCCCUGCAGCUUCAGGCACACCAGGCAGGACUGAUGCCUGCAGAGAGGAUGGUGGAGGAGAGCAGAACGGAGUCCCCUCCCAGCCCUGCGUCUGAGCCCGUGUCCCCCGCAGCAUCAGGACCCGGCGCUGCAGAGAGUGCCCUCCAGUGGCACUUCCUGCAGCUGGACGUGGAUGGUGACGGGGUGCUGAGCGAGCGCGAGGCCCGCCCUCUCCGUCAGUACCUGCGCAGGACACUUAAACCAAGACGCUGCGCCAAGAAGUUCACCCAGUACUGCGAUCAGGACAGAGACGGAGCGCUCAGUCUGGUGGAGCUCAACACAUGCCUCGGGCUGUGAGGGCCAGACAGGCCAGGUGAGUGAGGGCGGUGAGGAUAACGGAUGUGUGGGGUAACAAGAUGUCAGUGAGGGGGAGGAAGAGUUUGGCUUGAGGCAUGUUUCGGGUCAGUGAUGCCUGCCUAAGAUAUUUUCCCUCCCUCUGUUUUAUAUGGGGCAAAUAUCCUUCAUGGUAAUAAAGUCAUCAUCAUGUAUUCGUGUAAAUGUGUUGAAAUAAAACAAGGACCAUUGUUGAAUCUUCAGGACCCA